UGUGACACUGACAACGACUGCGGUGACGGAAGUGACGAGAUAAGCUGCACGUGCCCUUCCAGCCAGUUCAAAUGCCCCAAGGGCAAGUGCAUUCCUCAGAGCUACAGAUGCGACGGGGACAACGACUGCGGCGACUUCGCGGACGAGGACGACUGCCCCACCAUCCACCCUGGCGUCUGCGUCGACCAGCUGACCUUCGAGGACUGCUACCGCAUGAACACCUCGUCGUACCCCAUCUGCGACUACUUCGUCGACGCCCACCGGUACUGCAGGAAGUUCUGUGACGUCUGCAACACGCUGAGGAAGUGA